AGUUCUCUCUUUUUCUUCAACAUGGCCGAUCAGCAAACUGAACGUGCUUUUCGGAAACAAUUCAGUGUUCCGGUAAUACGUAAGAAGCCCUUGAAUAUUAAGAAAAAACCACGUUUCCAUCGUAGCAUUGGUCUGGGUUAUAGAACUCCGGCCGAGGCCAUCGAUGGAACCUACAUUGAUAAGAAGUGCCCCUUUACAGGUAACGUAAGAAUACGCGGUCGCAUUUUAACGGGCGCCGUGCGUAAAUGCAAGAUGCAAAGGACCAUCGUCAUACGACGCGAUUAUUUACAUUUUGUGCGGAAGUACAGCCGGUUUGAGAAACGGCACAGGAACAUGAGCGUCCAUUUAUCUCCCUGCUUUAGGGAUGUUGAAAUUGGCGACAUUGUUACAGUGGGCGAGUGCCGUCCUCUAUCUAAAACUGUACGCUUCAAUGUUUUAAAAGUUACCAAGGGUCAAGGUUCUAAGAAAAGCUUCAAAAAGUUUUAAAGCAUUAGAUGUACAAACUUAGAUAAUAAUAAAAAAUUAUUCAAAAAAAUCGUUUUUUAAACACUUUCAAGAUUGACGCCUAUAACAAGACUUAAGAAAAUCAGCUGAUUAAGCCUUUCUGCGUCUCAUAUUUUCCUCCAAGGUGAUUAUAAAAUCAUAAAGGCCUAGUUAAAGAAAAAAUUGCUGAGAAAAACUUGAUAAACUUUCCCAUUGACACAUUUAUAGUUUUCUUGCUUCUAUUGCUGGAUUAUAAUUGUAACAAAUUAGCAAUUUUCUACAAUGUAAGAUAUUUUAAAUACUUACACGGAUUACAACCAUUUUACCUAAACUCAAGACCUUACAACGCAAAAGUGGGAUGAAUUGGUCAUCAAUGAUGAGUUCUAUAUAUUUAAUGUACAGACAUCUUAGUUCGAUUAGUAAAUAAGGUCAGUUUGCUUUUUAAGCUAAGCUCUAAUAUUUUCUUCAAUUUCUUGCGAGAUUUGAACUUUUUAAUAAUUAGCAAGCGAUUCACUUAUAGAAUAAAUUUUGUUAUACUUUGGCAGCGUUUGGAAGUUAUCCAAAUUUCUCAAAAACAUUUUUGGAUGUCGGUUAAAACAUUUCAAAUGUGUGAUGCUUAGACGUAUAAGUGAAUGCAAAAGAGAAUGUGGUCAUGUUCUCAAAACUCCUUCCAAAUAGAUUAAUCUACCUUUGUGCUUUGUUGCCACAAGUUCAAAGUCUAUUAAAAAGUAUCUUUGUUUAGCCUCGUAGUUAAGACAGUUCUAAAGAAACC